CCUUGGCUCCGAACUCCUUUCUUCCUCAUCUAAAUUCGUUCUAGGGUUAGGGUUCAUAGCAGAAUUUCAAUCUCCAUUUGCUCUCUUUCUUUUUCCGAAUCUGCCUUUUUUUUUCUCCUGAAAUCGAAGAUGUCGCCGAUGAUUCAGGGAGCGGCUGCUGUUACAUUGUCCACUGCAUCAGGUUUCAUUCGCACGGACAGAUGUAUUCUCUACACAGUCUUACGCUGUUCCUCUGUUUCGUUUUGUCGGAGGUUGGCUUAUUCUACUGAUAGAGACUGCGGCCGUACGUACAGAGAAAGACUGAGGUGUGGGUUUGCUAAUGUCGACGAUGCUGUUGCUGUGUUCCAUCUGAUGGUUCGGUCUCCCCGCCGCCCUUCAGUUGUCGAUUUCAGCAUGUUACUGAGUGCAGUGGCCAGAAUGAAACGGUACGAUGUCGUGAUUUCACUUUGCAAGAGAAUGGAUUUGAUCGGGUUUCCACAUAAUCACUACACUCUGAGCAUUCUGAUCAACUGUUUCUGCCGUUCUGGACAAGUACACUUAGGUUUCUCGGUUUUGGGAAGGAUCAUGAAGUUGGGUUAUGAGCCGAAUGAUGUCGCAUUCAAUACCCUCAUCAAUGGAUUCUGCAUCAGAGGUAACAUUUCCGCAGCUUUAGGUUUAAUGGAGCAAAUGGUGGAUGUGGGACAAAAACCUGAUGUCGUAACGUUUACUACUAUCAUCAACGGACUUUGUCUCCAGCGUAGAAUUCAUGAAGCUGCCAGUUUGAUCGAUCGGAUGGUAGAGAAAGGCUGUCAACCCGAUAUAAUUACUUAUGGUGCUAUUAUAAAUGGCAUUUGCAAGUUAGGGGAUCCUGCUUCUGCUUUGAAUUGGAUCAAGAUGAUGGAGGGCAGGCUCAUGAUGGUCGAUGUCGUAAUUUAUAGUACGUUUAUCGAUUGUCUCUGCAAAUGUGGAAACAUAGAUGGUGCACUUAACAUUUUUAGCAAGAUGGAUGAUCGAGGAGUUGAACCAGAUGUUAUUACCUAUACCACUUUGAUAAACGGACUUUGUAGUUCCAGUAGAUGGAAUGAUGCCUCGCGAUUAUUGAAGGAUAUGAUAGAAAGGAAAAUCAUGCCGAAUGUUGUUACUUUCACUGGAUUAAUCAAUUAUUUUAUUAAAGAGAGCAAGUUUCUAGAGGCUGAGGAAUUAUAUAAAAAGAUGAUCCAAAGAGGUUUGGUUCCAAAUACCAUCACUUAUACUUCGUUGAUUGAUGGGUUUUGUAUGCAGAAUCGUCUUGAUGAGGCGAGACAAAUAUUCGAUUCUAUGAUUACCGAGGGAUGUUUUCCAAAUGUAGUGACAUUUGGUGCUCUCAUAAAUGGGUAUUGCAAAUCUGGCAGAGUAGAUGAAGGUAUGAAGCUCUUAACCGAUAUGUCUCAAAGAGGAUUGGUAGCAAAUACAUGUGUUUACAACACUCUCAUCCAAGGGUUGUGUCGAGGAGGCAACCUUGAUGCUGGCCAAAAACUUUUCCUAGAGAUGAAAUGUCUUGGUCCUCAUCCUGAUCUUAUAACUUACAAAGUUAUGCUUGAUGGUCUAUGUAAAAACGGAAAACUAGAAGAGGCAUUGGAAUUAUAUGAUAAGAUGGAAAAGAGUGGGUUGAACCUCGAUAUAGUUACACAUAAUAUUAUCAUUCAUGGCUUGUGCAAGGCUGAAAAAGUUGAUGAGGCAAUGCUGUUGUUUAAUAUGCUCUUGCUUGAAGGGGUGGAACCGGAUGUUGUGACGUAUAAUAUAAUGAUAACUGGACUUUGUGGAAAAGGUUCACUCGGUGAAGCCCAAAAGCUGGUAAGAGAUAUGAAAGAGGGUGGUUGUUUGCCGAAUGAUGGUACUUAUAACGCAAUCAUCCGGGGUCAUCUCAGACAUGGCUCCACAUCAGAUGUUAUUGAGCUGAUACGAGAAAUGCGAAGGUGUGAGUUUUCUGCUGGUGCGUCGACCAUUACUAUGGUGAUAAAUAUGCUAUCCGACGGUAGAUUGGAGAAAGGGUUCCUGGAUCUUCUCUCCUCCUAGUGCUUCUCGUUGUUUUCUGUCAUGGAAACCACAAAGAGGGGCCUAACGACUGGAACAGCUCUUGAGGAUAUAGGCACAGUUUCUUGUUUCUGCCGACAAAUCCGAUCAGAGGACUUAGUGUUCGAAGGGUAAGGCUUCCAAAAUCUGUAACUCUUGAAAAAAAUAAGGCUUCCUUCCAAAGGCAUUUGUAGGUACUUACAGUUGUGAAAGAUUUCCAUUUUGUAGAUAUAAAAUCAUAUGAACGUUAUAUAUAUAGAGAGAAAAAUGCAAUAAAUUAAAAUAGAUAUUGUUAA